ACAGUUCAUUUAAAUAUGAGAUUGUGAGUCAUGAUUUAUAUAGAGAAGCAGAUGCACUAGAAAGAUUUGUUAUAAAAAUUGAGGAGGUGCUUUUAACUAUACAAAAAGAAUUAUCUGCAUCAGCCGAAAUUAUUAUGGCACCUGGAGAUCUUAAAGCAUAUAAUGAAGCAACUAAAUGUUGGAUUUGCAAGAAAGCUUUUCUUAAGCCAUCUUCAGAAGCAUUGCAAAAAUUCAAAGAAUCUAAGCACAGAUUAUUAGAAGUCAUUGAAUGGGAAGCAAGCAUGGGAGAAGACCAUCCAGGAAAGAAAAAGAUACAAAAAGAAUACUGA